AAUCAAAAGAUAAAGAUAUAUCUGCCGACAUCUGUUAUUCGCUUUGGUGAAUGUUUUUAACAAGCUCUGCUUACGAACUAAAUAUAAACAUCAAAGUAUUUACCUCAGAUACUGAAGCAUGGCUUAAAGACUGUACAGAAAAGAAGAUGGCGUACAACAACCCUGUAUUUAGUGAGGCCAGCAUUUCAGAUGUAUCAGACGGCGACAUCCAAGGUGAAGAUGAAAACAUACAGCAAUUGGCUGAAUCUGUUGACCGUCUCAGGACAAUAGAGGAAACAAGAAAUUUGGAUUUAAAAAAAUUGAAUUCCAGCAAACGCGCUGCAACUAACGCUUUUUCAAGAUGGAGAAAUGGACCGGCUUCAAUCACGGAUCGUGAUCAUAUCAAUGAUGUCAAGAUUGGAAGUUUAAAAGAUACCAUAGGAAAAAAAAUUACAAAGAAAAAAGAUACGGAUUUUUUGAAACUGGAAUGGGAAAAUACAGAUGAAGAAGACAAGAAUAGUACAGCCAACAAUUUAUUGAUAAGUUACUUCGCUUUUCUUGGUAUGAGUAGCGACCGCCAGAAGGCCGACUUUCUUUUUAUUGACAACAUAUUAAAAUACGCAGAUGUAAACGCUAAAGAUGAGUACGGACAAACAUUAAUGCAUGAAGUAGCCAGAGAAUGGAGUACCGAUUUUGCUAAAUUUUUGAAAAUCAAAGGUAUAGACAUCGACGUGGCAGAUAAAUGGGGAAGAACUCCGUUGUUUGUUGCUACAGCGCACAAUUACGUCGAUAUGGUCGAGUGGCUGGUUCUAAACGGAGCAAACAUUCAUCACCGGACGAUGAAAGGAGAACAACAAAGCGUAAUUCAUUAUGCUGCAAAAUACGAUGCUGUUGAUGUUUUUAUACUGCUGGUAAAAUUAGGUGCGAAUCCUUUGGAGAGGGAUUGCAAGGAAAGAACGCCACUUUUUGUGGCUGCUGAAGCAGGUCAGAAACACAUGUGCUCGUAUAUGUUGGACCUUGGGUUGCCGGUAGCCUCCUAUGACGAGAAUGCAGUGUCCAUUAUCGAACACAUCAUCGCACAAAUGCCAACAAGCAUAGCAUACGCAGCACUUAAUCAGUUUAUAUCAACUAAUAAAAUUAACUGCAAGAAGAAAUAUUACCUAAGUUGCUUUGGCAAGAGACGUUUCGUUUUACUAGAAAGAACAAAGAAGCGAUACAGAAAGCCUGCUGAUAAUCAUACGGCAUUAGAAAUACUUAUUCAACACGACGACACACAACUCGUUACUCAUCCCGCCAUAUUAAAAUUGAUUGACUUAAAGACCAACAAGUUUGGUAAACGCUUAAUCCGACUCAAUGUUGCUAUAAAUUUUCUUUACACACUGUUGUGGACUAUCACGGUUAUUAUUCCGGAAAAAAGAGAUAACCAAUGGAGUAACAGAAAUAUAUCACAGAUUUGCUUGUCAUCUAUUGCACAGAUUAUUGCUGUAUAUCAGUUGUACCUACACUUUGACAAAUACGACGCAUCUAGAAAAAGAAUGACGAAAGAAAAGGAGAGAAUAUUAGAACAGUGUAAACGCGAAAAGAAAUUUUGUCAUCCUCGUUGGAUAAUCGAAAAAUACACAUUAAAGAAAACCAAAGAGAGCGCAAAGCGCUUGACAACAGGACUUUUCGCCGAAACUUGGAAUAUCAUUGAUUUUUUCUCAUUGCUGCUUGGUACUGGUGCUUGGAUUAUUACCUUAUUGAAUAUUUCAUUACCAAAACUGCACAAAGUAAAUUCUGUCUGGAAGGGCUACUGCUGCAUCUUUAUUUUAUUUGCUUGGUUGAGGCUUAAUCGUCACGUUAGAUAUGAACAGUCUUUAGGUAGAUUUAUUGCCAUGUUGGAGGAGUCGGCUGUUGCUUCGUUCAAAUCUGCUUUUCUAUUUUUUGAAUUCUUCAUACCGUUUGUUGUUUGUUUUUGGGUUUUGUUUGGUGGUGAGAAAAAAGGUAGCAGUGGUAGUGAAUACGAAGCCUUCUAUGAUCUGGUUUAUCAACUAUACCUACUGGCUAUCGUUGGAGAUUACGAAUAUGAUUAUCUCAAAGAUAGUGACGUAGUUACAUCACAAAUACUCGUUGGACUGUAUUUUAUUCUCGUUAGUACAAUUACCUUGAAUCUUCUCGUUGCAAUGUUUACUGAAGCUUUUAUUAGAAUCAACGAGACUGCUGUAGCUAACGCCCGGUUAAGAGAAGCAGAAGAAAUUUUGGAGAUUGAACGAAGGUUUCCUGAGAAAAAGAAGGAAUUUGAAAUUUACCUUAAUCAAUAUUGCGCCCCAUUGACAGCUGAGAUAACAAGAGAAAUUCCACAAUCUAAUAAAAAGGAAAGAAGUUAUGGAGCGAGGCAAGCAUUAACGGGUGCUUACUAUAAACUCCGCAAGUUGAAUCCUGAGAUGAACACAAUCAUAAAAGAGCAAGAGUUGUUUAAACAUUGUUUUAAUUCUGGUGAAAAAAUGCUAAAAGAUUUUAAAAUAAAAUACAGAGCCGAUGUUCAACGCGACAUCAGGAGUCAAUUACACGAAGUUUUAAAGUUUCAAGACAGUGUUUUCAAUGUUGCUCAGCGUAGAACAAGAACCACAAUAUCAAGACUCGUUGACAGAACUGUGUUUGCAUUCGCCGAUAUUAACGACGGUUCCCUACCCACAGAAUAGAAAGUGGCAGACAGUGUAGCCCAUUCAGUAGACGCAAACUGUAUUGCGUAGAACUUGAACUAUUCGUUGGUCAAGCUGAUGGACGCACCGAGUGUUGGAAAGUUACCUUAAGAGACAUGUAGAUGUCCAGCUAUGUACCUUAAACUUGAGUUACACAUUUUAAAUGAUAUGAAGAUGAAACAAGUCAAUCAUUAGACGAAACUGCAUACUUCUGGAAGACGAUACAUUGUUUUUUUAAUUGUUAGUUGUUGAAUGUAUUGCAUUUUACGAACUGUGAGCCAACGAACUUAAUUUUUUUUUUUGGAAAUUAGGACAAUAAUUUUAAUAUUAUGUGGCCAAAAAAUCCGAUUAUAAAGUAGUAAUAAUAUUGCGGCAACGUCAAAAUAACAAAUAGGACAGAUUGACAGAAUACGGCUAUUAUUGGGUACCCGACGUCAAAACGCCAAAUUAAUCACAAGUAACUGCGUGACGCGGUGUUGAACACUACUCAAUAAAACUGUAAACUAUUCUACACACUCAGAUCAGGCGCUUUAGAACAGGUAUACAGUAAAUCGAGUGAAGUGCACACACACAUUGUAGUGUUUUCUGGUUUAACAUAUUUUCCAGAAAAUAACUUUCUAGCAACUCUGUUAUUUUCCGUGA